UUUAUAGUCAGAUUGCUCCACAUCACCACAUCUGCUGGAGAAGGAGGAACUGAGAGGCAGGACAGUCAUGAGUAGCCCACCAGUCCUUUAGGAAUACUCCUCUGAGAAACACUUUCAACAAGAUUUUGCUCGGGUGAUUUCCUCCUGGUAACCAAUGAUCCAGUUCAACUGCUCCUCUCCAGACUCCCUCUACGCGGCUGUGAAUGCAUCAUGGUGCUCCGCCAAAGAGGAAGAAUGUCAAAACAGAACAGUGAACCAGUCCGACCUCUGUCUGAGCUUCGGCGCUUACCUGGAGAAGUACCUCGGCCCUUGCCGUUCGCCCUUCUUCCUGCCUAUGUGUGUCACCUAUCUGCUCAUCUUCCUAGUUGGCGUGCUGGGCAACGGUCUGACUUGUAUUGUCAUCGCCCGUCACCGCGUUAUGCGCACAACGACAAACUACUACCUGUUCAGCUUGGCCAUUUCUGACCUCCUCGUGCUGUUGCUCGGCCUCCCACUGGAGCUUUACGAGCUCUGGAGCAACUAUCCUUUCCUGUUUGGCGUUGCUGGCUGCUACUUCAAAACCUGCCUGUUUGAGACGGUCUGCUUUGCCUCUGUGCUCAACGUGACUGCUUUGAGCGCCGAGCGCUACAGAGCAGUGGUGCAUCCCCUGCAAGCCAAACACACGGCCACGCACGCUCAUGCCAAGCGCGUUAUCCUCGUGUUAUGGGCCGUCUCUCUGUUGUGUGCCUUGCCCAAUACCAGUCUGCAUGGCGUGGAGACGUUAAGGCCCCGUUUUGGACUCACUUUCCCAGAUUCGGGGGUGUGUACCGUGGUGCAUGAUAGAUGGAUCUACAACUUGCUGGUGCAAGUGACAGCGCUGCUGUUCUUCGUACUGCCAAUGCUGACCAUCAGUGUGCUGUAUGUGCUGAUCGGCCUGCAGCUGCAUCGGGAAAGGGAGUGUUUCGAUUCUAAGAUUGGGCUCAAUCAGGAUGGGGUGAAUCAGAGGGCACGUCAUCGGCAAGUCACAAAAAUGCUCUGUGCAUUGGUGAUUGUGUUUGGAAUCUGCUGGGCUCCUUUUCACAUUGAUCGUGUCAUGUGGAGCUACAUUAAUGACUGGACUGCAGAGAACCACCAUGUCUUUGAGUAUGUGCAUCUUCUUUCAGGUGUCUUCUUCUACUUGAGUUCAGUGGUCAAUCCCAUCCUCUAUAACCUCAUGUCUUCACGCUUCAGAGAAAUGUUCCGUGAGGUGGUGUGUCAAAAAGACCAUCGUCAGCUCUCAAUAAUUCCAAAAGAAGCCCACGCAUCGAGUUUUGCGUGUCACCAGGCAACAGCACAAACACUGAAAGCCGGACUGGAACCACGUAUACGAGUGGAGCGGAGUGAGAUUGCCCAUUUCCCACUGAAAAACACUGAUACUCCGACUUCCAAUAAAACGUCUGUUGGCUCCAGGCAGCUGUGCUCGGCUUUUCCUCAGCACUGCACACAGAGGCUGGAACACUAUGGAGCGACACACUGUCAUACUCACUGACUGGUCUUGUAGUGCCACAUAGCC